CUGAGCGAUUAGGAUCGAAAGCCAACAUUAUUUCCGUGACAGUAACAUCAUUUUCUCAUUUUUUGUUUUCACUAAAAUGGAAAACCACAUCUACGCCUCUUACAGCCCUACCACCAACUACAGAUUCUUCGACCCGGACACCACCGCCACCACUGCCACCAUGUUCCUUUCCCACCACCACCACCACCACCGCACCGACCCCGCCUCCGCCACCUCUCUCCGCUUCCCCUCUUCCUCCGCCGACAUCGACAUUGCCCCGCCAGGUGUCACUUCCAGAAUCGCCUCUUCCACCGCCACAAACUUGCUCUCUCCCUGGCCCCCUUCCGCAAACGUUGCCCCUUCUUCUCUUGACCUCAAACGCUCCUCUGAGGCUCUCUACCAUCCAUCCAUUUUGAGUACAAUUGGGCAAAGUGAAGCUUGGUAUUCUACAAACUCACUGGCCAAGCGCCCUAGAUAUGAAAGUGCUUCCACUAUGCCUAUAUAUCCACAGAGGCCAGGAGAGAAGGAUUGUGCUCACUAUAUGCUCACAAGAACCUGUAAAUUUGGAGAUAGCUGCAAGUUUGACCAUCCUAUUUGGGUUCCUGAGGGUGGAAUCCCGGAUUGGAAAGAGGUUCCAAAUAUUGUUGCGAGUGAAGCUCCUCCUGAGAGAGCAGGGGAACCAGAUUGUCCAUACUUUCUGAAAACUCAAAGAUGCAAGUUUGGUUCAAAGUGCAAAUUUAAUCAUCCCAAGGUUUCCUCUGAAAAUGCCGAUGUUUUGGGCUUACCUGAGAGGCCAUCAGAGCCCCCUUGUGCGUUCUACAUGAAAACUGGAAAAUGUAAAUUUGGUGCUGCAUGUAAAUUCCAUCACCCCAAAGAUAUCCAGAUUCAGUUAUCUGAUGACAUGAGUCAUACUGUUGAACAGACACAAACAAAUUCUAUGAUGGGAGGGGCAAUGGGAGAUACAAAACCAAAUAAGUCUCUUAUAUCUCCACUGUUGCAUAAUAGCAAAGGGCUUCCUGUAAGACUGGGGGAAGUGGAUUGUCCAUUCUACAUGAAAACUGGAAGUUGCAAGUAUGGUGCAUCUUGCCGCUACAAUCAUCCUGACAGGAAUGCAAUUAAUCCGCCCAUUGCUGCAUUUGGCGCUUCUGUUUUGCCGUCAUCAGCUGCUAAUCUGAAUAUUGGAGUUCUCAAUCCCGCCGUGUCUGUUUAUCAAGCUUUUGACCCAAGGCUGUCAAAUCCAAUGUCUCAGGUGGGAAUUGCAGAAACUAUCUAUCCUCAGCGACCUGGACAGAUUGAAUGUGAUUAUUAUAUGAAAACUGGCGAGUGUAAAUUUGGUGAAAGAUGCAAGUACCAUCACCCAAUUGACCGCUCAGCACCAUCACUGUCAAAGCAGGCUACUGUUAAACUCACUCCUGCAGGUUUACCAAGAAGAGAGGGUGCUGUCAUCUGUCCUUAUUAUUUGAAAACUGGAACAUGCAAGUUUGGGGCAACCUGCAAGUUUGACCACCCACCACCUGGAGAAGUGAUGGAGAUAGCAAAAUCACAAGGAACAUCUAAUGGAGGGGAAGCAAAAGACCAUGAAGAGGAGACUCCUUCAGAAGAGAAUUGAGAUUUUGCAUGAAAUUUUAGUAUAUUUCCGAGCUCUUUUCUGCCUUUGUAUUUCGUAACAUGAUACUAACGGGUGUGGCUGAAGACCCGACUUUGCUUCCUAUAAUGACUAAUUAUGAUUAUGGAUUGGUAUGAGUGCUCUCUUG